UGGAGCCUCCCGGAAGGUGCGCGGCGGGCGCUGCACGUGGCCCGGCACAGAUGGGGGCGCCCGGCGGGGCGGCGGCCUCGGGGCUCCCCGCAGGGCCCGCCCGCUUCCGCUGCCCGGAGGACUUCUGCGCGCGGCGCUUGGCCCCCGGGGCCGCCUUCUGCCUGGGGGCGCCCGGCAAGCGCCUGCUGCUCAUCCGCGCCCCGGCCGACUUCCGCCCGGAGAGCCUCUCCGGCCACCGCCUGGCGCUACGGGGCUCCCCGCUUCUGAGGGCGUCGCAGCCGGACGGCAGCCAGAAAGUCUACGGUCUCCGAGCGACCCGGGAGGAGAGCGUUGCCCGCCUGCUGAUCGCCGCUGGCCGGCCGGAGCGGCUCAUCUGCGCCCAGCCCUUCGGGGGCUCCCUGAGGAUCCAGGAGAGAGACGGCGCGCCCGACGCCCCCCGGCCGCUCUUCCCCGUGCCGGAGAGGCCGGCCCCGAAGGUCCCCGCAGGCCUCAAGCAGCGCUUCUUCCCCUUCGGGGCCCGGCUCCCUUCCUCGGGAGCGCCGCCACGGAAGGCUGCCCGGGAGAGGGGCAAGAAGCGGCCGCUGCUGCCUUGGAAGCAGGCGCUCUGGCGGUCGGAGGGUCCCGAGCAGCUUCUGGGCGGCUCCCCGGAGCCUGCGGAGCCGCUGCUGGGGAGGGCCGGGAGCAAGCAGCGCCCCCUGAAGGAGGAGGCGGAGGAGCCGGCGGCGGCAACUGGGCCAGCCACACUCCCAGGGCUUGGGGGGCGGCUGCUGUGGCAGGAUGCCCAGCCAAGUGGCCACUUAGAGGAGGCUUCCUGGUCGGGAGAGGCGGAAGAGCCGGGCAGGAGAGCCAGGAAGAAAGCGAAGAAGCGGAAGACGGAGACAGAGGAGUUGCCGAAUCCCAGUUCCAGGUACUGGCAGCCUGAAUGGGAACUCCGCUUGCAGGGAGGGAGGGAGAGGGAGAUGCCAGAGGCCGGGGCAGAGGGGCUGUGGGGCGCUGCUGCCACCAAGGAGGAGCCG